AUGGCCCCUUCUGUUGCUGACAAGACUACCGCCUCCGAGAACGGCGUCACGGAAAAAAUAGUCUCGUUGAAGGCUAAUUUGACCGCAAAAAAUGGACCAUCGUAUCCCUUUUACUUACCAUAUUUCGACGUGAACGAGAAGUUCCCUCCUACUGAAAUUUUCGAGUUCACCGAUCCCGGAAGCCGCGCUGACCCCAAGAAGCCCAACCUUCUUGGGCCGAACACCAUUACUAAAGAUGUGACCCCAUACCUGGGCACUGAGAUCACCGGCGUCCAGAUCUCUCAGCUGAGCAAGGAGGGACUGGAUGAGUUGGCCCUGUUCACUGCCGAGCGCAAAGUGCUCUUGUUUAGGGACCAAGACUUCAAGGACCUUAGUCCCGACAGGCAGAUCGAGAUCGCGAGACACUUUGGCCCUAUCCAAAGGCAUCCAACCUCUGGAAACGUCAAAGGUUACCCCGAGUUCCACGUCGUUUAUCGUGACGCUGAAUACGACGUCUUCCGUGAAUAUUUCGGAGGUGAUCGCAUCAACCAAACCAGCUGGCAUUCUGACGUCUCAUACGAAAAACAAACGCCCGGAACAACGUUCUUCUUCAUCCUCGAUCAACCCGACAACGGUGGAGACACACUUUUCCUUUCGCAGGUUGAGGCAUACAAUCGCCUCUCCCCCGAGUUCAAGAAGCGCCUUGAAGGCCUUCGCGCCGUUCACUCUGCUGUUCCUCAGGCCGACUUUUCUCGCACCAGGGGUGGUCCCGUGCGCCGCGAGCCCAUCGAGACUGAGCACCCCGUCGUCCGUCAGCACCCCGUCACUGGGGAGAAGGCCCUUUACGUCAACCAGGGCUUCACCAAGCGCAUCGUUGGCUUCAAGGUCGAAGAAUCUGAAUACCUCCUGAAGUUCCUGUUCGACCAUAUCUCCAAGGGUUCCGACUUCCAGGUCCGCGCGACUUAUACUCCAGGAACUGUCGUCGUAUGGGACAACCGCGUCACGGCCCACUCCGCCGUGGGUGACUUCGACAAGCGCCUCAGACGCCACGCUGUCCGCCUUACUCCCCAAGCUGAGAUCCCUAUCCCUGCGUAG